AAAUUCAUUACUUAGUCAGUUUCGCAGCCUUGAUCCGUAAAACUGGUUUUGGUGUGUCUAAAGUUAGGUUAAUUGUCAUCGUCUUAGCGAUGCAUCGAUUUUUGCUCCUCGUCCUAUUUUUACCUAUUUUUCUUUGUGAAAAUGUUAUAGAUAGUGUCAAAUGUUCGUUUGAAAAUCUUGCGGCUUGUCCUUACAAUCCUGACGCUGAUUUAGACACACCCCAAAUCGCCCGAAGACAUGGCUAUCCGGCCGAAUCUCACUACGUCACAACCGAAGACGGCUAUAUACUUACUAUUCAUCGAAUCCCAGGGCCUAAAACCGGCGAACGUGGGGGCCAACCUGUCUUUCUCCAACACGGACUACUUUCGAGUAGUGCCGAUUGGAUAAUAGCAGGAAAUGAGUCUCUAGGUUUUAUGUUGGCCGAUGCCGGCUAUGAUGUUUGGAUGGGUAACGCUCGAGGUAACACUUAUUCGAAAGCUCAUCUGACUCUCCCCAUCCAAAGCCCCCAAUAUUGGAACUUUAGUUGGCACGAGAUGGGAAUUUACGAUCUACCAGCUGCACUCUAUUACGUCAGUAACACAACAAACAAACCGGGCGAAAUAAUCUACGUGGGGCACUCAAUGGGUACUACUAUGUUUUUCGUUUUGGCAUCAACAAAGCCACAAGUUGCUAAAAACGUAAAACUGAUGGUAGCUCUAGCACCGGUGGCUUAUAUGACACAUGUGAAGUCCCCAAUCCGGUAUUUGUCACCAUUCGCUUACGAUUUCGAAUGGCUAGCACGAUAUUUGGGUCUAAAUCAAUUUCUACCCAACAAUAAAAUAAUGAAAUUUUUGGGCUAUGACUGCGAGUUGUUGAAAAUCGAUAAGGAAAUUUGCGAAGAUGUUAUUUUUACAUUGUGUGGUUUUGAUAAAGAGGAGUUCAACGAAGAGCUUUUGCCAGUUGUUUUGAGUCAUGAUCCCGCCGGAUCUUCCACCAAAACAGUCCUACAUUAUUCGCAGGAAAUAAAAUAUGACGGCAAGUUCCAACAGUAUGAUUAUGGUCCCGAUGGGAAUAAAAUUAAAUAUGGUACCCUAACGCCACCCCAAUAUAAAUUACUCAAUAUUAAAGUUAAGACGUAUUUAAUGUACGCACUUAAUGAUUUUCUAGCGAGUUAUAUCGACGUAAUUAGGUUGUCUCAGAAUUUGACAAAUAAUGUUGGCAUGUAUCAAGUGCCAUUAGAAAGUUUCAAUCACGUUGACUUUUUAUUUGGCAAACAUGCUGCCAAACUAGUCUAUAAACCGCUCAUGAAAGUUUUGCAGAAUUACUCUGAAGCAGUGCAUUAAUGGCCAGUAAUUAUAUUUUUUAUUAAAUAAACAUGUUAUACAAUAAAAGAA